UGUUCCAAGACGAUGGCGAGUACGCUGGUGGUCUUCUUGGCAGCUCUUCUCAGCUCCUCUUCAGCCUGUACUUUUGAGCCGUCCUCUUUCAACAGCACGGGAAUAGUCUGCAGAUUUACCAAGCCAGGUGCACUAGUGCUGAAUCAGCAAACUGCGCAGGUAAUUCAAGCAGCGUUUCGGCAUGCAACCUAUCCUAAUAUCACGGGGGAGAAGUCCAUGGAGUUUCUUGGCAAAGUCGCUUAUGGAUUAACAAACAUCCAUAUUGACGACCUGUCCAUAGAAAACAGUGACGUAGACUUCAAGGAGGGCACCAUUGUCAUUGAUAUCCAAAAUGUCUCGGCCUCCUUCAAAGGAACUCUGAGCUAUGGCUUUGUAGGUGCUGCCUGGUGGCUGAAACUCAUUCAUUUCAUUGACUUUGAAAUUGAAUCUUCCAUUGACCUCCAAAUAAACACAAAACUGACGUGCGGAAAGCAGCGUUUGGCAGUUGACACCUCGGAUUGUUAUCUGACCUUCCACACGCUGAUCUUGCAUCUCCAGGGAGACAAAGACCCGGGAUGGCUGAAGCAGCUCUUUACGAACUUCAUCUCGUUUACUUUGAAGCUUGUUCUCAAAAGCCAGGUAUGUAAGGAAAUUAACUUCGUCGCUCAACUGUUGGCUGACUUUGUUCAGGACACAUCAGCAAAUUUCCUCCAAGAUGGAGAUAUAGGAGUCAACAUUUCUCUGGCAGCACUUCCGCUAAUCGAAGCAAAUUUCAUAGAAACCCAUCAUAAGGGCCUCCUCCUCUACAAGAACUACUCAGACAGCUUCCACGACUCUGAAUAUACGCCAUCUCUACUGCCCGAAUCCAAAAUGCUCUUCUUCUGGUUUUCAGAGCAUGUCCUCAGCUCUCUGACCGUGGCAGCCUUUCUAGAUGAGCGUCUAGAAUUAACAAUCGCAGGAGGGAAAUUGAAGGAAAUGUUUGAACAUGAAGAGCUGGAAUCUCACCAGGAGAUUAUGCGAGAGAUUUUCCACGGCAUCUCCUAUGACGACUCCCUGGCUAAAGUGUGGAGUCUUGCUCCUCCGGAAAUUACUCUCCAGCCCAAAGGGUUCGUGGUGAAGUCACCCGUGGCUGUGCACCUCAGCGUUUCUUCACGUGAAGAAGAGAGCCCGCUGGUUAUAUAUUUUGAAAAGGAAGUCACUGUGACAAUCCAAGCUUCGUAUGAGCAAAAGAGGCUGGUGCUGCAUCUCUCUGAGGCCAGGAUAGAGCCCAGAAUGAUUAAAUGCUCCAUGGAUGUAGCCGUGAAUGAUGAAACUCUAAGUCACAUCUUGGAAAAAAUCAUCACAGUUGCUGGUAUCCCAGAAGUGAUUUCAAGAAUUGAGCCGACUAUAACCUCCUUGAUGAACAGCAAAGGACUUGACUUAUUUGACCUUAGAGAAACGGAGAUAAUCACCCAAAAUGGAUACUUCAUUCUGCAAAUGGACUUUGAUUUCCCACAUCAUUUGCUCAUUGACUUUCUGAAGAAAAAUCUAUAGGGGAAUCCUUUCAAGAAGAGACCAUGUGGGCCAGCUCUAUCUAAGGACAGAACGUCUGAGACCAGUGGAGACACUUAAAGCUGCUUUGUCAUCUUUCCCUGUAAUGGUGGAUGUUAAAUGUUAUGUUGAUUUUGCUGGGAUUGUGGUUGUAUCCGUUUCUCACACUGAUGAAGCAGGAAGUACAUGUGAUGAUUUACGCCUACAGCAUUGACUCAAAAGACAAGUGGACAUCUGGCUGUCAUCAAGAUCGGGAGCCAAGCCCUCAUAUUCAAACUAUAAUACUUUGAGAAGUGGCAAAUUGCCUUAGUGCAUCCAAGUUGUUCCAGCCAUAAUGACCUGCAGAAACUCCUGUUUUAAUUGUUCCAUUCCCCAUUUUGGAUUCAGUGUGUAUUUCUUCUCUGUCACUCUCCUUCUUAACUGCAUAUCAUCCUAGAGUACAUGUCCUAGAGGAAUUUCCUAUCAGAAGUAGCCUCAUCUUUUUAGGUUAACUAAUUGCCUGACACUUUAAAAUACUUAAUUCCAAUCACUCCUUAUUUACAUAUGGAAUUACUAGCAUAGGGCUUUUUUUCUGGGAAAAGAGGUGGUGGAACUCAGAGGGUUGCCACAGCACAGGGGGCAACUCUUGGCGGGAAGUAGUGCCCCUGGUACCACAUGUGCGUGCGCAAAGUACGCGCAUGCUCCCAGGACCGCACAAUGAUAUCACCCUGGGUCAGCUGGAACAAGGGGGAAGUUUAAAUUGCCCUCGGUGAAAAUGGUCACAUGGCUGGUGGCCCCGCCCCCUUCUCUCCAGACAGAGGGAAGUUUAGAUUGCCUUCCGCGUUGCUCCAGCGGCAUGAGGGCAAUCUAAACUCCCCUCUGUCUGGAGAUCAGGGGGUGGGGCCACCAGCCAUGUGACCAUUUUCAAGAGGUGCCGGAACUCCAUUCCACUGCGUUCCAGCUGAAAAAAAAGCCCUGGGUUUCUGUGACUGACUUUUUGCAAGCCCUACCUCUGAGUGAUCAAUUAGUUCCGGUCUCGUAGUGCAAUGGUUUCCAACAUUUUGGGUAUGGUGACCCACAUGUUCAAAUUUACUCUGUUUAAUAAAAUAGCGAAUGCACAAAUCAAUAAAACUGCAAGAGCCUGGGGCCCACUUUUACAGGCUUUGGAAUCCACAGGUUGAGAAACUCUGUCUUAGGGGAAAUGGAUACUGUUUGCUUAUUGUGAAGGUUAAAAGUGAGUGAGACUUUAUUGCUCAGGAGAUUCAAUUUAAAACUUGUGGGGGCAUUUGCCAGUUGCUGCAAUGUUCCUUUGCGCCGCAUGCUUUGGGCUAUGGUGGUCACGCACCUGCCUCCUAUGUCCUGGAAUUUGUCUUUCGGAAAGAGACCAAGUGUGACCCUUGUCAUUUUUCAUACUGUCCUGGGAUAGAUACAGGUUGAUGUCUUUCAGACAAACGUAAAAAUGGUUUCUUUUAUGUUUGAAUGCCAUGUGAUUCUGAUUUAUGAACAAUAAACUUUUUUCUAGUUUGCUACGUGA